GACCUCAGCGAGCGCGGUUGGGCAUUACAGCAAAACAGCUGGAGAAGGAUAAAGGAAGAAGAAGGAACAAAGAAGAGGAUAAAACAGUAACUAAAAUGUAAGACAAGUGAUAAAAGUUAGGAAAGCGCUAAAAGUGAAGUUCCAAUUGGAGCAGAAGCAAGUCACACAGAGAGCGCGAGCGAAGCCCCACAUCAAAAUCUAGUAGCUCCUGCAGUGAGUGUGAGAGAGAGAGAGAUAGAGGCAGACAACCCCCCAAAAACUUCAGCCUAUAUGAUUAUCGUUUUGCUAUUGCUCUUCCAAUCGCUGUGCCUCUUUUGCCAACGUUUGGUGCUCCGCAUUCACGACCGAUGCUUUCCCAGAAACGUCCGUGUGCUCCAGGAGUUGGCCGAAACGGUGGGCGAUCGUAAGGCACUGCAGCACCUCGAAAACCAGGAGCUGGAGCAAACGAAGCGAAAGCAGAAACGUCGCCUUUUGGAGCCGAUUUUGCCACUCGGAGCUGGGCUCAAUCUGGAAGCUUGUCGCUUCUGUGCCCACAGUCCGCAGGGCUACUGUCGACAUCAUUUCCAUUUGCAGCUGCACACACAGCGGCGUGGCGACGAGCAGGAUUACAAGCAGCAGAGACGGAUACGUAGGGAGCUGAAGCGUAGUCUGGAGCCAAGGAGCACUUAUCCCAUUAACUAUAGGCAAUAUAGUCGAGGUAGCAGCAGCUCCCUGAGCAGUGGCUACGGCUCAUUGGCAUCCAAUUUGCAAGACAGCUGCCUGCAGGAGGAGCAAGGGGAGCGGGAGCAGCUAGAGGAGGAGCGUCAGGAACUUCAGAUCGAGCAGGAGCAGGAAGCCAUAGAUCACUUGAUAACUAGUCAUCUCUAGAGCAGAUCCAACUCGGACUAGAAACAAGCAACGACAAGGCAAAGAGGAGCAUGCGGUAAAGGAGUAGGAUAAGUGGCAAUCGACGGAGUUGACUAAUCACUUGAGCGAGGUAACCCUCUGCAACACGAAUAAGGAGGAGCAGGAGCAUCUCAACCGGACAGACGUUUAGCUAAGAGGACUUCCUUUCGACACCUGCUUGCUCUAGAGGAAAAGCAGCAGCACUUGAGAAGGGUCCUCCCUCGCCUUUUCACGUAACUAAAGACACAGCCUUAGCUGAUGGCCACUCAGACUUAACCUGCCUUGUCCCGAAGGAGAAA